AUGCAGUUUACCGUCAUACCCGAGUUCCCAAUUCUACCGGCGCCUGAAGUCGUAGCCAAAACAGAUCAAUCGAUUACGCUACGUGUACAGAAACCGCCUCAAGUGGACGGAGACGUGCCGUACAAACUACAAGCGAGUUAUAGUGAACAUGGCUACGUUUAUUACUCGUGGAAUAAUUCAGUGCUUUUUACGGGACACAAUUUUCCGGUUAAAGGUUUGACCCAUAAUACGACCUAUGUCUUCCGUGUGCGUGUCGUGCAUGAAGCUGCUCGACAAUGCGGUGAAUGGUCACUGCUGACGCCAAAUGUACGUACGUUUACAGAGGAAGAAGACGCCAAGCGUUCGGGUACCGUGUUUGAGCAUGCACUCAAGCUCGAGCGCGAGCAGAAGAGCAUUUUACAGCAUCAGAUCUCUAAACUCACGGGAAUGCUCGAUGAACGGAAAACCUCACGAGGAAAUGACAAUCACAAGGUCCAAUUACACGAGGAUAUGCUGGCUAGUCGUCGGGUUAUUGACACGAGACUUGGGAAGCUGCAACGGGAGCUCAGUGCUCAGACGAUGGCAUUACAGACGAUCAAGAGUCAACGCGCUGCGGAUGAGCAGAUGAUUUCCGAGCUGUUAAAUGAACAGGAGACAUUACGCUCGGCACAGAGCGAUCAGCAGGGACAGGUACAAUACGAACUGGAGAUGCAGACACUUCGUGCUCAAUUGGAGAAGAACGAGGAGGCGCUGAAAAAACAUCAGGAACAGGUGAAUGCCAGUCAUGAGCAAAUCUCAAGCUAUGAAGCGUCGUUGGAGGCGAAGAAAAGCGAGAUUUCUCAAAAGGAGAAGGAAGUCGAGAGGAUCAUGAUCGACUGCAAUCGCAUGGUACAGGAGCAAGCCGAUUUAGCUCAUGUGAAGCAGCUGGAGGUAGAAGACGCCCUGUUGGAGGCUAAGACAUCGUUGGAACAACAGUUGGAUAUCAACACGUACUUGCGCGAAGAGGUCUCGCGUUUGCGUGAGGAGAAUCACCAUUUGAAAAAUCAAAUUGAGGAAGUAGACUCGGAAGUUGUUCCUAAGCUGAUGCGCCUGGAAGACGAGAAUGAACAGCUGCGUGCCCAGCUCAGCCGACGUUAG